AUGGGACUCAAAGACAAGCUACUCAGAAGACCUUCUGUCGAUUCAGACGAAUCAAAAGAUAUCCUCGUACUACCCAGAUGGUCUUUUGAACGUAGCGACCAUUCAAUCCUAAGCACAGAGCGGUUAUUCCGACAGUGGAAUCAGCACGAAGACCCGAACACACGCUACGACACCGGCCAUCUAAUCGAAGAGGAAGAUAACAUCAAACGCAGGGAGGUGAUUGUCACCUGGGACAGCCCCUCCGACCCCUCCAACCCCCUAAACUGGUCCAACCGCCAAAAAUGGACAACCACCAUCCUCGUCUCCCUCUUCACCUUCAUCUCACCCUUUUCCUCCACAAUGGUAACACCUGCCUUACCUGCCAUCGGCCAAGACUUCAACAUUGAAGAAGGGUUUCAACGCCAACUCGUCAUGACUAUUUUCCUGCUGGGCUACGCCCAAGGCCCCUUUGUACUCGCCCCCUUGAGCGAAAUCUACGGCCGCGUUACAGUACUGCAGUGGGCAAAUCUGGUUUACCUCGUUUUCAAUACGUGUUGUGGGUUUGCGCGAUCGGGGCCGCAGAUGCUUGCGUUUAGGUUUUUGAGUGGGUUGGGGGGUGCGGCGCCGCAGGCUUUGUGUAGUGGUGUGCUAGCAGAUACCUGGCGCAAAGAAGAGCGCGGAAAGGGUCAGGCUAUUUAUGGGAUUCUUACCUGGCUUGCACCGUGCAUUGCACCCAUUUGCGGCGCAUAUAUCUCGACGGGGGCGAGCUGGCGCUGGAUUUUCUAUGCUACGUCUAUCUUUACUGUCUUUGUGCAGCUCACCGCGCUGUUCUUCCUCGCUGAGACUUUUGCCCCUGCUAUCCUUGCUAAGAAGGCAAAAGCGAUUCGGAGAAAUAUGGCUGAUAAGGGUGCGGUUGUACGCACGGAGUUCGAGACGGGAGAUCGUAUGAGUAGGAUUUUGAGGAAGAGGUUGGUAUUGCCGUUUAUAAUGAUGUUUACGCAUCCGGCGACGCAGGCGCCGUCGGUGUAUCGGGCGUUUUUGUAUGGGGUUAUGUACCUUAUGCUGUCGACGUUUCCACUGGUGUUUGAAGAAGCGUAUGACAUGAGCGUUGGAAACGCAUCCUUGAACUACCUCUCGCUUUGUUUGGGGUUUAUGGUGGGAUUACAAAUUUCGCAUCCGCUUAUGGACGGGUUGUAUGCUCGCAUGAAAUCCUACUACAACCUCACCGAAGGCCUCCCUGAAUUCCGCGUCCCACCCAUGCUCAUCGCAGGCAUAUUGUGUCCCAUUGGGCUCUUCGUAUACGGUUGGACGGCACACUAUCACGUCCACUGGAUCGUACCGAACAUCGGUGCUGCGAUUGUGGCUGUGGGUCUCAUCAUUGGGUUCCAGUGUAGCCAGGCGUAUACAACUGAUGCGUAUGAAGCGCGGUAUGCGGCGUCGGCGGCGAGCGUGGGGGCGUUUAUGCGGACCAUGUGCGGAUUUAGCUUUCCGCUGUUUGCGCCGCAGAUGUAUGAGAGCAUGGGGUUGGGAUGGGGAAAUAGUUUGUUGGCGUUUUUGACGCUGGGACUUGGGUUAGUGGGGCCUGUUGGGUUGUGGUUUUAUGGGCCGAAGUUGAGGAAGAUGAGUUGGAGGGGGUUGGAUUGA